GGGGCGAAGGAGGGGCUGUGGACGCUAAAACUUCCGCUCAUCUGAAGAAGUUGACUCUUCCGGUCACGCUGUGGUGGCUGCCUUCUUCGUGUUGCAGUGGUGCUUGGGGCUCCUAAGAAAGGUAAACAAAACAAGGUCGAGCUGCCUGAGCCCCUCCUGGAGUGCAGCAAAGAAGGACACUGGUCUCAAAAAUGCCCCAUCCCAGCACCUUCAUCAGGGCCUUGCCCCCUCUGCAACUUCAAGGAUCAUUGGAAGUGCAACUGUCCUAGCCACCCGAGAGCGGCGCUGAAUACAACUUCCUCUUACCCUGCAUGUGCAAAGAAAACUCCAGUCAGUUCCUAAUGUGUCAUUAAUACGUUCCCUUCAAACUCUACCACUAGCCAAAGUCUGCAGAAACACCAGGUCCCUGUGUCUCAGGCUCCCUUCUAGCCCGAGAUACCAGAGCCAUGGCUCAGAAAAUGGACUGUGGUGAGGGGCUCCUCGGCUUCCAGGCUGAGGCCUCUGUAGAAGACCGCACCUUACUUAUGCAGACAUUGAUGGAGGCGAUCCAGAUCUCAGAAGCUCCACCUACCAGCCAGGCCCUGGCAGCUGCCAGUGGGCAGACAGCUAGUCCCCAGUGUUCACAGCCCCCAACUGCCAGUGAGAGGGUGGAUAUUCAAGUUUCAGCAGCUGCUGCAAGGCCUAAAACAGCCUUUAAAGCCCAGAAUGCUACCGCAAAAGGCUCACGUGGUGUCUACAGUUUCUCUAAAGCACGUAAUGCCAAGGCAAUAGGCAAUACCCAACCUAAGACAGGCUUUAAGCCCCGGAAUGCCACUCCAAAGUGCCCAAAUGCUGCCUAUGAUUUUUCCAAGGCAGCAGCCAGAAGUAAAUUGGCUACUAGUGAGUCUGAGAUUACCUUAUUUAAGGCCCAGGAUGUCACUACUAAGGUGGGCCCAAAUCCCAACAAUAGUUUCUCUAGGUCUCCUAAUGCCAAUGAGAUGGUCACUGACCAGCCUAAAACUGCCUUCAAGGCUUGGAAUGAUACCACUAAGGCCUCUGUAGCUGAUACCCAGACCCACAGUCAGAAUGUAAACUGGGCCAAAAUGGCCACUUCCCAGGCAGACACAGAGACCAACCCAAGUAUCUUUGAACCUGAUGGUGCAGCUGCGCAGACAUCAGCAGAUAGUUCCCUGGCUCAGAAUUUGGAGUCCCGGACUAUCAUUCAUGGCAAGAGGACGCACAAGAUUAAUAACUUGAAUGUGGAAGAGAACAUCUGUGGUGAUCAGAUGCGGGCCCCGUUGGCUGCUGGGACCUGGAGGUCUGCACCAGUUCCAGUGACCACUCAAAACCCACCUGGUGUACCCCCUAAUGUGCUCUGGCAGACCCCAUUGGCUUGGCAGAACCCCUCUGGCUGGCAAAACCAGACAGCUGGGCAGACUCCACCAACACGUCAGAACCCCCCAGCUAGUCAGUCUCCAUCAUCCUGGCAGAACCUAGUUGCAUGGCAGAAUCCAGUGAUAUGGCCAAGCCCCAUUGUUUGGCCUGGCCCAGUUAUAUGGCCACAUACUUUUGUUUGGCCUGGCCCAGUUGUCUGGCCAAACCCAAUGGCUUGGCAGAAUCCACCUGGAUGGCAUACUCAACCUGGAUGGCAGAACACACCAGGCUGGCAGGGCCCUCCAGACUGGCAAGGCCCUUCUGAUUGGCCAUUACCUCCUGACUGGCCACUGCCACCUGAUUGGCCACUUCCCACUGACUGGCCACUUCCACCUGACCGGAUCCCUGCAGAUUGGCCAAUUCUACCUGACUGGCAGAACCUGCGGCCCUCACCUAACCUCGAACCCUCCCCCAACUCACAUGCCUCACAGAACAUGAGUGCCUCACAGCCCCGAGAUGUGGCCCUUCUUCAGGAAAGAGCAAAUAAGUUAGUCAAGUACCUGAUGCUUAAAGACUACACAAAGGUGCCCAUCAGGCGCUCAGAAAUGCUGAGGGAUAUUAUCCGAGAAUACACUGAUGUUUAUCCAGAAAUCAUUGAACGUGCAUCUUUUGUCUUGGAGAAGAAAUUUGGGAUACAACUGAAAGAAAUUGACAAGGAAGAACACCUAUACAUUCUCAUCAGUACCCCUGAAUCCCUGGCUGGCAUACUGGCAACGACCAAAGACAUACCCAAGCUGGGUCUCCUCUUAGUGAUACUGGGUGUCAUCUUCAUGAAUGGCAAUCGUGCCAGUGAGGCUGUCCUCUGGGAGGCACUACGCAAGAUGGGACUGCGUCCUGGGGUGAGACAUCCUCUCCUUGGAGAUCUGAGGAAACUUCUUACUUACGAGUUUGUAAAGCAGAAAUACCUGGAAUACAGACGAGUGCCCAACAGUCACCCUCCUGAGUAUGAGUUCCUCUGGGGCCUCCGUUCCUACCAUGAGACUAGCAAGAUGAAAGUGUUAAGGUUCAUUGCAGAGGUUCAGAGGAAAGACCCUCGUGUCUGGACUGCACAGUUCAUGGAGGCUGCACAGGAGGCUUUGGAUGCUAUGGAUGCUGCUUCGGCUGAGGCUGAAGCCCGGGCUGAAGCAAGAACCCGCAUGGGCAUUGGAGAUGAGGCUGUGUCUGGGCCUUGGAGCUGGGAUGACAUCGAGUUUGAGCUGCUGACUUGGGAUGAGGAAGGAGAUUUUGAUGAUCCCUGGUCCAGAAUCCCAUUUACCUUCUGGCCUAGAUACAACCAGAAUGGCCACUCCACAAUUCCUCAGACCUUCGCUGGUCCUAUUAUUGGUCCUGGUGGUACAUCCACUGCCAACUUCAGUGCCAUUGGUUUCUUCUGGGUCGAGUGAAGCAUUGGAUAGGUAUAUCACUUUGAAUUGGGAAGUUUGGGGGGUAUAGGAUUGAUGGGGUUGCAUUUAUGUUCAUGAGCUAGGAAUUAUAUUGGAAACCUGUGGUGGGGAUAUGAAGGAAGUAUAGGAAAGCACUGUUUGGUAUUUAUAUUCCUUACUAUUUGAUAAUAUAUAUCAUUGAAUUUUUACUUUUUCUUAUAUUCACAGAUGUUGCAAUAGUCCUUUCCCUGAGUGAGGUUAAAGCCUCAGAUUUCUUCUAAAUAACAGCUAUGUAGAGAGCCACAUCCUGUUGACUGAUAGUGGCAUGCAAAAUAAACAUAUUUGCUAUUACUCUCUGUUACUUUUUUUCCUCUUGUGUUGUCAAGUUUUGGUAUCAGAAAUAAACAUUGAAACCGCAAAGUGAA